AUGGUGAUCAGGUCUCACCAGCUCCUGGGGCACGAGCUGCGGGCUCCUGGUGGCUUCCCUUGGCUCUCCCAAGGUUCCACCAGUUCGGAACCCCGCCUGUGCGCUGUGCUGGAGCGUUCUGCUGCAGAUCCUGCCAGCACCAGAGCAGUUUGCCUUGCAAAAGCAGAUGAUGGUUCCCUUACAAAAGCAGAUGAUGUGGAUUUAGAAAAUUGCCCUUUUGUUUUGUUGUAUUUUAUUCUGCCAAACAGGAGCAAACGCCUGGAGAAAGUCCAUGUUGUUCUUGGGAAUAAAUCCUGUGAUUUGGAUUCGCUCAUUUCUACUCUGGCCUAUGCCUACUUUCUAGACAAGGUCAGCCCUCCUGAUGUUCUUUGCCUACCUGUGUUAAACAUACCAAGAAGAGAUUUUAGCUACUUUACUGAGACGAGAUUUAUAUUGGAGGAGCUGAAUAUCCCGGAGUCAUUCCAUAUCUUCAGAGAUGAAAUCAAUUUGCACCAGCUGAAUGCUGAAGGAAAAUUGUCUUUAACACUUGUAAACAGCAACAUGCUGACAAGUGAGGAUAAAAGUUUGGAAUCAGCUGUUGUCAAAGUCAUCAGCCCAGAUGAGCAGUGUGACAGCAGCCUGGAGUUACAAGCGUCUUCUUCCUCCUUAGUAGUAAAAGAGAUUCUUCAAGAGGCACCAGAGUUAAUCACUCAACAACUGGCUUAUCUCCUCAGAGGAAGCAUUCUCUUCAAGUGCGUGUCUUUGGAGGCUGACAGAAUUACAGAGCAGCAGGAGAAAGUACUGUCAAUCCUAGAGGAAAAGUUUCCAGAUCUUCCCCCACGAGAGGAAAUUAUCUCUGUUCUUCAGGAGACUCAGUUUAAUCCACAAGGUGUACGUAUUGAGGAGGUUAUGCUGAAGGACCUCAAGGAGAUUUCAGAUGGAGAAAUCAAAGUAGCAAUUAGCCCUGUGUACAUGACACUGGAG